GGAGUCCCGGGCCCAGUCCCUGGCCGCCCUCAACGCGCUCAAGGCCCGGGCGGCUGCCGUACAGACCGAGCUGGCCGCCUACCGCGACAGCGACCCGGAGACGGUGGAGGCGAUGCGCAACGCGGCGGAGGCGGCCAAGCUGGCAGCCAACCGCUGGCUGGACAACACCUACUCGCUGCUGUCUUGGUGCAAGAAGAAGUUCGCGGGGCGGGAGGCGGAGCUGGCCAAGUUCUUCGAGGAGGUGUGGAGGAGAACGGUCUCGAUGAAAAGGCCGAGUACAUCGAGUAGUACGCAGCACCAAGUAGCACGCAGGGGCGCAACACGCAAAAAGACAUCACGGGAACCCUGCUGUGAACAGUCGUACACACAUCAGACGCAUCUCCGCCCGGGAACUGGCUCU